CAGGAUGGAGCCAGGAGACCUGGAGGAGGCACAUGGAGCCUAGAGACACGCGAAGAAACUGCGCUUGUCUUUUGGUUGUGGACUGGGUGACACAGAUGUGGGAUAUUGCUUUAAUGGGAAAAAUUGGCUCUCGGAAAACACCUCAAGAGCCAGCAGAGCAGGGAUUACAGAUAAGAGUUGAAGAAGCUCAAAUGGAAGCGCUGGAUGAACUUCCUGAAGUUGUAUCAAGUCUUUCACAGAUUGAACAAGAGGAUAUAUCAGAAUGGGGAAUCUCAGAUGGAGAAAGCAUGGUGUUUAAAACUCAGGAAACUUUGGAAGUGAAGCCAGUUGAUCAAUCAAGUAAACCUUUGGAAGAUAAAGAACCUGAAAAAGGUUCAAAAGCAGCCAAAAGGCUAUCUUUAAAGGCCGAAGAGUGGAAGGAGCAUGUAGGAGUACAGAUACCUCAUACUACUAGACGCCAUGAAGACAUUAAGAGCCCACUAUUUCUCAGACACCGAGAGAAAUCCAUUUAUUUUCUAAGCAAGCCUCAAAAGAUAAACCUCACGCCAGUUAUAAAGGUCACAGGCACAAUCAACAGGCAUACCACAGUAACUCAACCUGGAGAUUCUCUCAUCAACAAAGCUGGGCCUGCCCUUGACUACCCCUUAACGAAUGCCAGGACCACCACCACCAUCACCUCAAGACUGAGGUUACAGAAGUAG